GCGACCAACACUCAGACCCUGACAUUGCCCGGCAAUGGACAAAGACAAGGAGCCCGACUGGAACGCGCUGCUCAAGGACCAUCCCAUUUUCUCUCUCCCAAAGAGCAUCUCUGGGUUUGGAGGAUAUGGUGAAGCUUCCCUCUCACUCUCCCUCAGUUCUCUCCCCGACUUCAAGGAUGUCGACCCUCGCCACGAUGGACCGACCCCCUCUGGCAGACGACAGGUCAUGGUCAUCAAGGACUCGGAACUUGUCGUUGCUGCAGGCAGUGAGAUUAGGAUGUCCACUUUAGCUGACACGAAGUUUGGCCGCGCUACUCCCAAGUCAUACAAGGUCCUGCAUACCCCGAACGUUAAGUUCGAGAUACACCAGAUGGCACUCAGCCCUCACGGAAAGCUUCUGGCUGUGGCGGGAGCUUUCCAAGUAGCAGUGGUGGUCCUACCUCGCGCCGGCUUCAACAAAGUGGUCCCCGCCACAAUCGACUGCAAGUCUCUUCAAGUGGGACAGGUCUACCAUGCAGCUAAUUCCUCUGCGCCCGUGGCGAAGAUCGAAUGGCAUCCAUGGGGCGACGGUGGCACUACUCUCAUGGUGAUGACUAUCGACGGCAAACUACGGGAGUACGACAUCUCAGUAGACCCGGAGGAGCCGCAGCAAGUCCUGUCUUUCGUCCCAGACAAGAAGAAGAACAGCUUCCUUGCAGACGAAGGGGCAGAACGGGAAGUCACUUCCUUUGCCUUCGGUAAAGGGAAGGCAGACUGGGGACCCCUCACCGUCUACGCUAUCAUGAGAAGCGGUGAUAUCUACGCGAUCUGUCCUUACAUGCCGCAGAAUGCUGCGAUUCCUUCUGCUUACAUCCAUGCGCUUGAAUGUUUUGUCGCUGCAAAACAAGAGCACCUGUCCCAAUCUCAAGGCGAAGGGUCCUCGUCACGAAAGCUGGCACACCUCUAUGACUUCCAACACAGAUACGUGACAGCACUCCUGAAACAGCUGCCUCCGGGGACAGUCUACCCCUCUAUAUCGCGCCCCGUCUCAAUGCAUCCUCCACGGGGGAUCAAAUCUCCUCCUGUGCGGCAAGGCCCUUUUCUGCUUCAGCCGUCCCCGAGAACACUCGACGGCAGCGAAGGAGGCGACGCCACAGACAUUGCCUACAUGGCCUUUGGUAGCGAUGUAGAGGAAGGCGUCGCGGGCGAGACUGAACGACUUGGUCUUGUGCUUGCGUCUUUCCAGGAUGGCCGGGUGGACGUAUAUCUUGACGUAGAAAAGGUUGAGGCGAGAUGGGAGCACAAGGAGCGCGCUGAUGUCGAUCUCCCAAUGCUUGCUGCGUACGAGACUGUUGACCUCGGAAUUGUCUCCACCCUCCAGAAAGUUGCCGCGUCGGCAUCCCAACGGCUCUUGGACCUUGUCGAAGGGAAUCACCCAGUGUUAUAUCCUGACCCUAUCAACCAAGACACAGUCUAUGUCUACCAUGCCUUCGGAAUCCACGCUCUGCAAUUCGAGUCAUUGCUACGGGGUCUGGCUCUUGCUCUUCGCGAUGAUUCAUCAGAAAGUGGCGGCACCUCUUUGGACACUUCGCUCCAGACAUGUAAAGGCACCGAGGUUCGGCCCAUCAUUUCCACGUUCGACAUCGAGUCGAGGUCUUCAAGUCCUAUUAUAGGUGUAUCGGUGCCGGGCGACGUAUACUUGACAUACAGCAUCUUCAUCUUGACGGCCGCGAUGCGCCUUACGGUAUUCCCUCUCAAUCUACGUUCAGAAACUCCGUACUCUGUGGCGUCAGAGUUCUCUGCACAGACAGACAAAACACCAUCACCAAAGUUGUUACCUGCUCUAGAGCCAGCUCCAUACGACAACCUAUUGAGCAGUGAAUCGUACUCCAUCCCUCCCAUCCUUGCCAACCCCAAGGGCUUACCAGCCUACGCUCGAUUAUCGCUACCGCCGAAUGCAAACGCGGAAUUCAUGGUCACCCCGGACACGCUGCGCUACCUAGGCAAAGUGGCCGAGCACAUCACAUCCCAGAUCCGCGACGUCGUCCUCGGCCAUCGUGUGGCAGAGACACGAGCGCAACUGCAAAUACAGGAGCUACAGCGACAAAGGCAGCGGGUCAAGGCGGUGCUCGAUAAGGUGGCGCAGUUGAAAGGCGAUCGACACGAUCGUACCGCCAAGAAAGUGGAGGAACUGCAGGCUAGUCAGAAGGCGAUCAUGGCACGAGCAGACGCGCUCUUGCAGUCUAUGCUGAGCGAGAACGAGGCAAAGUGGUUUGAGGAGCUUAGGCGGAUGAAGGCGGAAGUGACGGGAGUUGGCAAAUACGAUGACAGGUCGUUCGCCGCUCGAUCGAAGCUCCUCCACAAGGAGGUCGACCGCCUUUUACCCCAGCUUCAAGAUAUGAAAGAAGUCGAAAGGAGGCGUCAGCAACUACGCGGUUCUGAAAUGCUCGGGGCUACCCAGGCAUUGGAACUUGGUAGACGAUCCGGCGAGGAGUAUGCUUCCCUCCUUGUGCGUUGCAGCGGAAUGACUAACGGCGUUGCCUAGACGCCACAGGAUCGAAAUCUCAGGAGGAGUUGACACAACUGGCAUCAAGACUCGACAUGACGCUGGAACCGCCUCCUGCUCUGAAGGAGUCUGCGAAUACAUGAUACGUCGCGCUGCACCACUGGGACUUACUCGACGUUGCAAUGCAUAUUCCCCAGCUCCUCAUCAUUGUACACUAUUCCCAAUCUGUUGUAUCAUACUCUCACUCGUGUUGUCUGUUCGUGAGGCGUGUUGUGUUACGCGUGACCAAUACGCGACUCUUGAAAUCACCUGACCGUUCCUCAUAC